CUGAAACCAGCCUGUGACUCUUCACAUACAGUUAAUAAAACUUUGGAUAUACAAACAUACAUAUAGGAUUGAAGAAUCAUAGGAUUGAGUAAUUAUUAUAUUUUGAUGGGUUUCACAUGGAAGUGUGUGUGAUUGUGAACAGAUUAUUUCCUGCUCACUUGAUUGAGGUUUUGCUCCAAGUAUUGUAAUCACAUUUUAUCUGAAAAAUUCCAACAGAAAUGGAAGCCUGUUUGUAAAAAGCAGCUCCAGAAAUGUCAACUACAUUGAUCCCAAAACCGAAAAAUGGUGGUGAACAUUGUAGCAGGAAUCAGGAGUCUCAGUAGUUUUGUCAUCAUUUGCUGCUGUUUACUGAGUGCAGCUGGAGAUGAGAUGGUCACACUGCAGGAAGUGGAAGGAACCACUAUAACUCUCCAUACUGGGAUUACUGGAAUUCAGAGUGAUGCUCAGAUAGUUUGGUUUUAUGGACGUGAGAAAGCAGAGGAAGAGAUUGUGAUCAGUCAGAUGUUUAAAGGAGAAACCUUUACGGAAAUCAGUGAGAGAUUUAAAGAGAGACUGCAGCUGAACAGAACCAGCGGAGCUUUAACCAUCAGGAACAUCAGCAGGAACCAUUCUGGAGUUUAUUUAUUACAAGUCAUCACUGAAGAUCUCUCCAUCACUGAAGAUCUCUCAUCUAGGACUUUCAGAGUCAGUGUUUAUGCUCCAGUAUCAACUCCAGUAAUAAAUGUAAGAGGAAAAAGAAGUGGGUUCUCCACAGAGUCGUGUUCCCUCUUGUGCUCUGUGGAGAAUGGAGAAGAUGUGAAAUUAUCCUGGUACAGAGAGAAUGAGAGAAUCUCCAUCACCAAUAACACAGAUCUCAGUGUUCCCCUCAAUCUCCCACUUCUAAUACAACACCAUGAGAAGAACACGUAUAUCUGUGUGUCUGCAAACCCUGUCAGCAAUAAAACUACUUCUCUCAGCAUCACACAGCUCUGUGUUCACAACUCAGGACAAUCUGAAGGUUCUGCACUGAUAUCUGCUGUAGUGUUUGUGAUAAUAUUAAUAUCUGUAUUUGUGUGUAUGUGGCUGAAAAAGAAAAAGCAACAAGUUCCUGAAAAAGCUGAAGGUCUGAACUACGCUGAUAUAAAAGUUACAGCUCACAGCACAGAGAAAGUUAAAGAGGAGGAACUUUUCAAAAUACUGCAGUGUGAAGUGAAGAACCAGUGGUGUAUUAAAAUGUGAAGAGAUUCUGAUUAAACUCAUAAUAAUAAUAA